AUGACCAAGAACAUGGUGCACGAGGUCGUUGAUCAGCUGGAGAAUCUCUCCGCGCACUCGCCCCGGGCCCAGCAUGCAACCCAACUUCCAGCUGUGCAAGCUGACAUGCUUGAGUCGACUGUUCAUGGCUCUGUACCUGAUGCACUGAAUGCAGCUGAUCAACAGGCUGUCACUCCAACUCUAUCUGAGUUGACUGAAGUCGACGACUCUUUCCUGCAACUUUUGCCAGAUCCUGCUGCGGUGUCUCAGUUGGGUUCAACUGGGACUCAGUUCCUCAACCCUGCGCCGCCCAGCGUCAAUUACCAAGUGUCUCCCAAAGGGCUUGUCACGCUUUCUGAAAGUGCUGGACAUACCACUGAAGCCGCUUCCCCCCAUCUUCUGAGCCCUGCAUUGGGAUUCACAUCUUUCGAGCAACAUCGUGCACAGAGCUCCCCUCUGAAUUCAACAGCUGCUCAAACCACCCAACCCAGCACGUCUUCGCUUACAGCGGAGCGCAUCGUGGGUCCGUCGCGGCCAAUCCCAGCAACAAUAUUGACCAUGCUUGAGAAUUGGCAUGUAGCCAAUCCCGAUACUGAGCACCCCGCCGCCAUAGCUGGCCGUGCGCUCUCCGCCUGGAAGAACUUCAAAGUCUUCAAUGAUGAUGCUGAUGAGUACGAACUGUCGAUGUUCCAGAUAGCUUUCAAGGCUCAGAAAAAGAAAACUUUGAAUUAUCGUAUCAUGGUACUUCACUCACCGAACGGCAUGACGCAGCUGGUAGUUUAUGGCCAACCUCAUCCACGAUUCAACGGAAAAUCGAGAAAAGGAACCAAGGGAAUUUACCUGCUGGAUUGGCUUGAGGUUGAUGAGCAUGGGGAAGCCGAGGCCUGUGGCAUCAAACUAUGGAGGACCGAUAAUGAAAACAUCACCUUCAGCGCACAGAUUGCCGACUCCGAAGGCAAGUGUCUUCCGGCGUCUGGACCGGUCAAGCCUGCCAACGUGCCUCGCCCAGUGUCAACUCCUAAGCAAGAAGAGCAUGCAGAUGAUGGAGAUGAUGGAGAUGAGAUUGAAUCCGGCUCCUCCGACCAACCUCUUCUACUCAAGUCCACUCGUCAAUUCUCGUUUCCCAAAGCCAGAAUCCCCAAUCAGAACAACGGAGAUGAAUUCGUGCCUCCCCGGGCUCUUGGCAGUCCCUGGAAACCACAGGAGAAGAGACGUCGCGGUAGUUUGUUUGAACUCAAUUUCAAUGCCCACAGCGCCACCCCUAUCAGAUACAAACUUACCUGUGAUUUGUCCAAUCACGUACGCGUCUUCAAGACCAACGAUGCCCAGGUCUUGUUCCAAAGGGCCCGGGAGUUUUACAAUGGCACCGACAAGCCGAUGCGUCUCCUAUGCACUGUGCCUGGUGUUGAAGGAGUCCGAUACUUGGGAGAGGGAUGCACCGAUGAGUUUGAUAUUCUCCAGGAGGAUAUUCGCAAGGCUUCUGGUGGUGAUUAUGAGAAUGUUGUUGUGGAGGUGAAGGCCUAUAAUGGUGCUUAA